UACAUAUAGGAGAGAUGAAGGCAUUAGAAAUCAGAUUCACUUUCUACACAGAGACCUCUACAGCACAGAGAUCCAGCCAUGGCACCUACAAUCACUUCAGCAAUGAUCUACUCCAAGGAGCACCUGACUCUGACCAACAAGAUUAGAAAGCCAGUCGUGGAGAAGUUACGCAGAGACCGUAUCAACAGCAGCAUUGAGCAGCUCAAGUCUCUCCUGGGUCCAGAGAUCCUCAACAAGCAGUCUGACUCCAAGCUGGAGAAAGCAGACAUCCUGGAGAUGACAGUUUGCUUCCUGAGACGACAGCAACAGUACCAGCGAGUGAGCUCUUCCUCCUGCUCAGCACCUGUCAAUCAGGGUUACUCCAGGUGUGUCCAAGAGAUUGUACUCUUCCUGUCCACGGAUGAGGUGAAGACACAGACUCAGAGAAAACUGCUGAGCCACUUACUGCUGGACUUUCAGAGCCUGCAACCAUCCUCUGAUAAGAACAGAAGGGAGAGUGACCUGCCUCAGCUGAGCUCCCCAGUCCAGCACAGCAUCAGCAAAGAGAAGAGUCCAGUCAACAGCGCCCUCUGGAGGCCCUGGUAGAGUCCUACAGACUGGAACUCCACUCUCAAACAAGCACAAUGGACCAUGUUGGUCUAAGAAUAAUGUUAUGGAUGUUAGACAGUAAUGAGAAUAGGAAGAGAUCUUCUUCCUCGUCUGCUCAAGCAGGACAUUUCCAACUCCACAUUACUGACGAUUUCAUCCUCAUUUUCUGCAUUUGCAGGAGUUUAUACUAUAAGUUUUAGUUUUAAUGAAAAGGGCAUUUAACAAUGUCAGUAUUUUAAUUAUCCUCUCUUGAUUACAAGAGCAUCAAUUGAAUCUUCUGGUUUUAUUUUCGUUUCACGAAUAAGAUUCUGUUUCAUUUUUAUAAAGUGAAUAUAUUUUGUAUUUUUCCCUGUGGGGAAGUUUAAAAAAAUAAUAAUUUAUGAAAUGGUGUUCACUGUCUUCCUAGUGGAAAGACUAGUGAGCAAAUGUAAUUCUUAUUUGUCCUGUUUUGAUAUUGAUAUUAAAACAUGCAAACAGUAUCAUAUGUCAUAAUUAUAAAAAUGAUAUUUGCAUUUAAGCCAGAAUAAGUUACUUCCUCUCGAUUACGAGAAGAGUUAAAACAUGUGUAAUGGUUUGUGUCACUAUGUGAGUUUAUAAGUAUCACUCGCCUUCCGAGAAGUUAUUGUCAAGCUUGAAAACAUGUUUUCAAAAUGAAUGUAAAUCUUCAAAUCAAGUCGAUGCGAAUAAAAACAAUCAUCGAAAACAA